AUGCCUUCUCUCACCGGCUCGGCCCGUGGGCUCGACGCGCCAAGUGAAACCGCGCCGAGUGAAACGUACCUCGGCGACGUGGUCGAGCAUUUCAAGCACAAAUCCGAGGCCGAAGAUGCUGUCAAGGACGAGUCCUCGACGAUCAGCACCGCCGCGCCCGCCGCGCCCGCCGCGCCGCCGGCUCAGCUCGAGAUCCCCGACGGCGGGUUGGCCGCCUGGCUCCAGGUGGUGGCGUCCUUCUUCCUCUUUUUCAACUCGUGGGGCCUCGUCAACACCUACGGCGCCUUCCAGACCUACUACGAGACGGCGCUGCUCGAGCGCAGCGGCUCCUCGGCCAUCUCGUGGAUCGGGUCGAUCCAGGCGUCGCUCCUGCUCAUCGUCGGGCCCUUUAGCGGCCCGCUCUUUGACCUGGGCUACGUCAAGACGCUCACCGUCGGCGGCACCGUCCUCAUCGUCGUCGGCAUGAUGACGACCAGCGUGGCCACAUACUACUACCAGGUCCUCCUCGCCCAGGGCAUCUGCACCGGCCUCGGAAUGGGCGCCAUCUUUAUCCCCAGCAUCGCCGUGCUGCCCGCCUGGUUCUCGUCGCGCCGCGCCUUUGCGGCGGGCAUCUCGGUCUGCGGCAGCAGCCUCGGCGGCAUCGUCUACCCCAUCGUCUUCCGCCGCCUCGAGCCCCGCAUCGGCUUCGCAUGGACGACACGCGUCAUCGCCUUUGUGGUGCUCGCGACGCAGGCCGUCGCCAUCGCCCUGAUGCGCAAGCGUGGGCCCAACACGGCCGCCCGCAGCCUCAUCGACACGUCGGCCUUUACCGAGCCCGCCAUGCUCUCGUUUGGCAUCGCCGGCCUCCUCGCCUUCAUGGGCCUCUACGUUCCCUUCUACUACAUAUCCUCGUACAGCGUGGCCAAGAUCCCGGGCAUGGACGGCGAGCUGGCCUUCUACCUCGUGCCGCUCCUCAACGCCGGCAGCGUCAUCGGGCGCAUCAUCCCCAACUUUCUCGCCGACAAGACGGGCAGCAUCAACAUGUUUGUCGUCAGCUGCGUCGGCGCCGCCAUCACCGCCUGGGCCUGGCUCACCAUCGACCGCGUCUGGCAGGUCGUCGUCUUUUCCAUCUUCUACGGCGCCUUUUCCGGCAGCUACGUCUCGCUCCAGGGCCCCGCCGUCGCCAUGCUCACAAAGGACAAGAGCAGGUUCGGCGUGCGCCUCGGCACCUUUUGCCUCUUUUGCGCGGCGGGCAUGCUCGUCGGCAACCCGGUCGCGGGCAAGCUCCUCAACCUCGACACGGGCGACUUCCGAGGCGCACAGAUCUUUUGCGCAUCCCUCAUCGUCGCCGCCACCGCCUUCAUGGUCGCGACGAGGUUCUUUUGCGUCGGCACCGCGUUCUUGGUCAAGGUCUGA